AGUCAAGGAAUUUUAAAACGGGAGAACUGUGGGACCACAAAACGCUCUCAGAAAUUUAAAGGCCCAGGGAGCUCAAGAUAAAUAACCAUUUCCCUUUCUUAAGGAAUCCCUUUGGUUGCACAAAGCCUCCCACUCACAUCCACGGCAAGUCAAGCCGAAGAGUGGACAUGUGCUUCUGGACAAAUCUCUCCGUGUGGAUGGUGCUACUGUCCCACUCUCUCAGCAUUGUUACCUCUACUGAGAACGGCAAAGCCCUCACUCAAGAUAACAGCAGAGCUGGGAGCCUAGACCUGCUAGAAGUUCUGAGGGUCCUCUCUGCUGGUGACCACCGGUCCCACAACCAUCCACAAAGCCUCAUCAAAGUUCUGUUGGAGAGGACUGGGUGUCCACAGAGAAAAAAUGGGACGCAAGGAGAUUGCGAGCUGUGUUUGGAACCCGAUGUGCUGUUACUCACAGCUGGGGGAGAUUUGAAGGAUGAGCUGAGAGAGGAGGUAAUCCAGAGAGUUUCACUCCUCCUCCUCUAUUACAUCAUUCAUCAGGAAGAGAUCUGUUCUUCCAACCUCAACAUGAGCACCAGGGAAUAUGAGUUUUACCUGCACAGUCUACUUGGCCUCAGGCAGGAUGAAGACUCCUAUUUCCUUUCAGAAAAGGAGACUGAUGACAUCUUGGCUUUCACCAGGAAGCACUUUGGCACUUCUAGUCGUCAGUGUAUGGAAACUAAGAUUUUGCAGAGGGAAUCUGGCAUUCAGAGCAGCAAUGGUGCUGACGAAAAGACACUUCCUCAGCUGGCCGCAACCAUCAUCGCUCUGUCACUCCAAGGAGUUUGUCUGGGGAGAAAAAACUUGCCUUCCCCAGAUGAUUUUACAGAAUAUAUUUUCAGUUUCCUGAAUAGUACCAAUACCCUCCACCUAUCUGAACUAGAGCAACUUCUGAGCAUACUUUCAACCAGAAGGGCCUGUGCCAAAAAGGAUAGUCUCCAUCAACACCAAAGGAAACAAAAUACAGUGGUACAUGGUUUGAGAGACCCCAAGGCAUCUACAGCAAUGGACAACAAAUCUGACGAUCAUUCUGUUUCCUGGGAUCAGGCUUGCUUCUCUGCUAGGCAGCUGGUGGAGAUAUUUCUUCAAAACCACAGCAAUCUGUCCAUUUCUCAGGAGGACUUUAAGCAGCUAAGUCCAGGGAUCAUCCAACAACUGCUCAGCUGCUCUUGUCAGAUGCCCAUGGACCAGCAAGUAAAGCCCCCACCCACCACUCUGGAGAAAUAUGGCUACAGCACAGCUGCAGUGACCCUCCUGACCUUGGGUUCCAUGCUCGGGACGGCGCUGGUCCUUUUCCACAGCUGUGAGGAGAACUACAGUCUUAUUUUACAGCUAUUCGUGGGCUUGGCUGUGGGGACGCUUUCUGGGGACGCCCUGCUCCAUCUCAUUCCUCAGGUUCUUGGUCUGCAUAAGCAGGAAGCAGAGCUUGGACACUUCCAUGAAAGCCAGAGUCCUAUUUGGAAGCUGUUGGGACUACUUGGAGGCAUCCAUGGAUUUUUCUUGAUAGAAAAAUGUUUCAUCCUCCUUGUAUCACCAGAUACCAAGGGUCUGCCAUUAGUUAAUGGACAUGUGGGACAUACCCACCAUCUUGGACUCAAUCCUGAAUUAAAUGACCAGUCAGGUGGAGGCAAGUCUAUAUCAACCAUCCAGCUGAAAGGCCCAGAAGAUUCACAGACAGUUGAAGUACCCAUAGGCAAUGUGCCAGCCUCCAACAGAAACUGCAAAACCAUCAGCUUAUUGGCCGUUAUGAUCCUGGUUGGAGAUAGCCUGCACAAUUUUGCAGAUGGCCUAGUAAUAGGCACGGCCUUCUCCUCUUCAUUGGAAUCAGGAGUGACCACAACAAUUGCUAUUUUGUGUCAUGAAAUCCCACAUGAAAUGGGAGACUUUGCAGUGCUCUUGAGCUCAGGACUCUCCGUCAGGACUGCCAUCCUGAUGAACUUUCUAAGUGCUCUGACGGCCUUCGUAGGACUGUACAUUGGUCUCUCCGUGUCUGCUGACCCACGUGUCCAAGACUGGAUUUUAACAGUGACUGCUGGGAUGUUCUUAUAUCUUUCCUUGGUGGGAAUGCUUCCUGAAAUGACUCAUGUGCAGACACAACGACCCUGGAUGACGUUUCUCCUGCAGAAUGUUGGAUUGGUCCUUGGCUGGUUUUCUCUUUUGCUCUUAGCUGUAUAUGAACAGAAUAUUAAAAUAUAAGUUAAGAAUCACUAAUGCCAUCCAAACUAAUUUAUCUGCUUAUGUCUUGUAUCUUCCAUGUUCUCUAUGCUAAUCAUUACAUUUGGUAUUUACAUUUGAGGCAAAGAAUGUGUCAUUUAUCUUAACUUAUUAAUUCUGUAUUGUAAUUGUUUUUUAGAAAUAUAUAAAAGUGAGUCUGUCCUGCAUUAAAAUCUUUAUUUUUGUUUCUGAUACAGUGAUACACCACAAUAAUGUUUAGUGUUAGAAAAUCUUGAAUUCUAGUCAGCUGCAAAAAUAUUAUUUCCCUACAAAAGAAUGUUCAUUAUUUAUAUUUGAAACAGCCACUUUUGUUGGUUUUUAAAUUGUUAAUAGUAUAUUUGUUUUCUAUGUGAUUUAUAAAGCAUAAGCAAAUAGAAUUGUAGAAAUGCAAUAAAGGCUAGUUUCAAUUAC